AUGUCCAAGACGGAAGUCGUCACAACAGAGACCAUCCUCCUCCAGCCAGUCUCCCCACCGGCCCCCAUAGCUUCCAUCCCGCGUCGAUCUUCUGGCCCGGAUCUCCCAGCUCCGUUCCCCGAGCAUUCGGUUCAUGAUGCCGAAUCAGCCUUACCACCGGACACUGCCGUCUCCACGGCCCAGAGAUGGAACGAUCCACCCCGGAACAAAUACCGUGUGCUGUCGUGCUUCUUUGCCUUUCUCGUCUAUGGCAUGAAUGACGGCGCGCCGGGUGCCAUGGUGCCGCUCUUUGAAAAAUACUAUCAUCUGCCGCAUUCAACCGUCUCACUCAUGUUUCUCAGCCCCAUGGUAGGCUGUGUGCUUGCCUCCUUCACCUCCAACCGUCUCCAUGCCAAAGCUGGAAGACGUGGUGUUGCACUGACGGCAACUGGUGCAUAUGUCCUGGCGUAUUUGGGCCUCUCGCAGCAUCCCCCCUUUGCAGUUGUAGUUUGUCUCCUUGUAUUGACGGGGUUUGGGAGCGGCUUGAUGAAUGGCAGCUGGAAUAGUUGGUUUGGAGGCCUGGUUCAAGGAAGCACGCUGUUGGGAUUCCUGCAUGGAUUUUGGGGCGCGGGUGCGACACUGUCUCCAAUUGUGAUAUCCAGAGUUGCGACCAAAGUGGAAAAUUGGUGGAUCUUCUACUGUCUAAUGAUGAGCUUGGCUUGUCUUGCCUGUAUAGGCGUAACAUGCUCAUUUUGGGAUGAUACUGGGUCGGAAUUUCGUCGACAGAACGCGACUGCGCUGCCCAAUGCACAAGCAGGGACUCUCAAAAUCUUGAAGAAUCGGGUGACUUUGACGUUCUCCGUCUUCAUGGUUCUCUAUGUGGGAUCUGAGGUCACCAUUGGGGGUUGGCUUCUGACCUUUAUGAUGAACGUCCGCAACGGCUCGCCCACGGCCUCCUCUCUGGCUACUUCGGGCUUCUGGAUUGGCCUCACAGCCGGCCGCUUCGGACUGGGCUGGAUCACCGGAUAUGUGGGAGAAAAGGUCAUGGUGACGAUAUACCUGCUCAGUGCAAUCGGACUGGAGCUUGGGGUUUGGUUCGGCAAGGAGUUUGCAGUCAGCGCUGUCAUGGCUGCGCUUGUUGGCGUAUCAAUCGGAAUGCUUAUGCCCUCAGGAAUCCGUGUCAUGACCAAGCUAUUGCCGCCUGAAAAGCACCUUGUCUCCGUGGGUUUUGCGACAGCGUUUGCCGUGUCUGGAUCUGCCGUCUUUCCCUUUGCAGUCGGUGCGCUUGCUGAGGCGUAUGGCGUAGAGGUUCUUCAACCCGUCGCCCUGGCGUUGUUUGGAUUGCAGCUGGUGCUAUGGCUGUUUAUCUCGAGAGGGAAGCUCAAGGUGUAG